AUGUCUGGCUCGGGACUAACCUCGAAUCAGUCAGACCUCUCCCGCUUUUCCGAUUCGGAGACGGAGCAGGACCGGUCGCCCCCCUCCGGAAAGACCACGGCCGAUAUCCUCUCGGGCGUUUAUCGGGGCUUCAAGAAAUUCGCUCCGAGCAGAGACGACUCUUCCAAGCUAUCCAGACAGCCGUCACUGUCCCGCCUCGGUUUCAACAGCAACUCCCCGAGUUUGACUUCUUCCCCCUCUCCGCCCCCGUCCGCGACACCGACGCCCAUUCCAGGCUCAAGCUCUUCCAAGAUUCGUGCUCUUCAGCAUGCAAGGAGUCUGAGCCUACAGAGCAGUCUCGCCAAACCCCUCCCCGAACCGCCACCAGAAACCUCGCCCGUCGGCCCCGAUACCCCUGCUGCCACACACUACAACUACGCGAGUCUUGGUGCUAUCGAAGAGGCUCCGGCCGAUGAUUUGGAAAGUCGCACGAGUACGAUGGACUCGAGCAUAUCGGUGGACAGAGCACAGAUGUACAGCAGCCAGAGCAGCCUGGCAAGCUCGUCCAGGCAAGAUGGAGGCGAAGAGAUGCGUGAAAACCUGACGCCACGGAGUAAUGGCCCGUUGUCUGCAGGCCCUUCACCCUCGUCCCAACCCAACAGAGCUCCUUCAGCCGCUGGCACUCCUACCCCCUCAUCAUCGGCGCACCUGUCCGGCCUCAUGUGCAACGUGCACCGUACGACCGGCAGAGAGCCGCACCCGCUCGUCGGAGCCACGACGACCAUAUUGGGCGACAAGCUAUACGUCUUUGGAGGAAGAAUACUGUCUAGAAGCCGGCCGGCCCCACUGACGUCGGAUCUCUACGAACUUGACCUUAUCCGCAGGCACUGGUCGAAGCUAGAAGCGUCAGGCGACAUCCCACCACCGCGCUACUUUCACUCCAUGUGCCCCCUCGGCGACACCAAGAUGGUUUGCUACGGAGGCAUGUCGCCGACGCCUAACCAAACCGGCGCAGGUCCUGACCAGCAGCCCGAGGUGACGGUCAUGUCCGACAUUUAUAUCUACGAUGUGCCGACGCGGAAGUGGACGUUUAUUCCUACGCAGGAUGCUCCUCAGGGUCGCUACGCGCAUUGCGCCUGCAUCCUACCUACUUCGGCAACUUUUACAUCGCACAAGGCGCCGCUGUCGGCCCUUCAACAUAACCCAUCAUCAGGAAACCCCAACGAAGGCAGGAUAGGAAUCAACAUUGAUGGUUCCGGCGGCGCUGAGAUGGUGGUUGUGGGUGGGCAGGAUGGCGCCAACCACUACAUCGAACAGAUUAGCGUGUUCAACCUGCGCAGUCUCAAGUGGACCUCGAUUGAGCCAUUGGAUAAGAGCUGCGGCGCCUAUCGGAGCGUCGUCGCGCCAUUGCCUCCUUCAGUCAGCACGCGUAUUGGCAAGUCAAGCUUGAAUGGAUUCCAGCAGGGCGGCAACAUGAGCCAAGAAUCCCGAGAGGCCGGAUCCUCGAUGCUGAUCUACUCCAACUAUAACUUCUUGGACGUCAAGCUCGAGCUUCAGAUCAGAUCUUCGGAUGGCACUUUGACAGAAAAGCCCAUGUCAGGCUCCUAUUCACCCCCGGGUCUGCGAUUCCCCAACGGUGGCGUGAUCGACACAUAUUUUGUUGUUAGCGGCACAUAUCUCACAUCUUCGAAGCAAGAAUAUGCGCUGUGGGCUCUGGAUCUGAAGACGCUGACCUGGUCACGAAUCGAUGCGGGCGGUGCCGUAUUCAGCCAAGGCAGCUGGAACCGUGGUGUGCUAUGGAACCGGAGAAAUACCUUUGUGAUUCUGGGCAACCGGAAAAGAAGCCUCGUCGACGACUAUAAUCAUCGGCGAAUCAACUUUUCCAACGUUUGCAUGGUCGAGCUGGAAGCGUUUGGUUUCUACGACAACCCGAGAAAGACGAGCCCGAUGUCCGGAUUCGUGUCUGCAAGCAGCCCCUACACCGGCCCUGGCUUGAGCUUGGCGAGGAAGGCGGGUUCUACAGCAGGCGGACGCUUCCACUCGAAGGCUGCCGAAGAACUCGGAGAGAAGGCACUUGCCUUGCGUGAGCUGUCCGAUAUGGAUAUCCUGUGUUUGCAUGGAGAAAGAAUACCUAUUAAUUCCAGGAUCGUCGCCCGGCGUUGGGGUCCAUACUUUGUCCAGCUCCUGCGGGAGGGCACGGCGACUCAGGACGGCAGCGAUGCAAUGACUUUGCGGUCCGGUCUCGGCAGUGCGGUCAGAAACUCCGUCUUGACCAUCACGCCAUCUCGUAACACCCACGAGAGCACGAACUCUGUGGCCAGCACAGUGCUCUCGUCUGGAUCAUCGGCCAAGCCUCCCAGCACAGCUCCGACCAGCGCCUCCGCGGCCUCGUUCUCCAUUCCCGGUUCAGGUGGUGCCGACCCGAAUACCGUCAACUCGGCGCCGACUCCGAGAUCUCUGCCGCCCAACUCGCGACCUCGGUGCCUCUACCUUCCUCACACAUACCUGACGGUCCAGGCUCUGCUUCACUUCCUCUACACGUCGUCGCUGCCGCCGCCGUCGUCUCCCCUGUGUACGCCUCCUAUCCUCUGCUCUCUUCUGCAGAUUGCUCGACCAUACAAAAUCGACGGUCUGCUGGAGGCGGUCGUCGAACGUCUUCACGCGCUACUCGACUCAAGAAACGCGGCCGCCGUAUUCAACGCAACUGCCAUGGCAGCCGGUGGCGGUCGCGGCAUCGACGGCUCCCUCAAUCCCAAUUUCUUCGUUCCCGUCGACGCCAUGGGCUCCCCGCUAUAUCCCGACGGUUUUCAAAACGGCAGCAGUGCAGAUCUGCAGAGUCUUUCUUCUCGCGCGGGAGGUUUACGCAUCAACACGGCCAUGUCCUCAGGUCGACCAUCUAGCGACGAGCUCAGUGCCACGACGAGCGUCAGUGGGUCAGAAUGGAGUUCCGAAAUUGGCGAUUCCGAGCGUGGAGGCAUGCGCGAGAUUUGGGGCGGCGAGCUGAGCUCCGUCAUUGGCCUGCAAAAGCGCGGGUUGCGUGGGCUCAUGGAGGGUCGGAGGAUGCGCGAGCGUACCGGGACCAACUCGGGUACGAGUAUGAGUGCGGGCAUGGCGCCGUACGGCAGUCAAGGCCGCGUCGGUCUCGGCAUAGCUGGAUCGUGA